UUUCCUGUACAUGAUUAUUUUCUGGAUAAGAGCGUCCCUCCAUUCCUCCUGUUCAGCGUUAGCCAUGGCCUGGCAGCAACCACCAUCGCCGGCGGCGGCGAAGUCAUCGCCGCCACCCGCUCCCACCACGGUAAUCUCUCUCGACGAAGAUCUCCUCCGCGAGAUCUUCCUCCGCCUCCCCUCCCUCCCGAGCCUCGUCCGUGCCGCCCUCAGCUGCCGCACCUUCCUCGGCGCCGUCCGCUCGUCCCCCGCCUUCCGCCGCAGCUUCCGGGAGGCCCACCUGCCCCCUCUCCUCGGCCUCUUCUUCGACCCCGAAGUCCCCUCCAUCCCCGCCUUCGCGCCCCUCCGCCGCCGCGCCGACCCUGACCUCGCGGCCGCCGUCCGCGGUGCCGAUUUCUUCCUCACCCGCCUCCCCGCCGACGACGACACCUUCCCGGGGUGGGCCAUAGAGGGCUGCUGCGACGGCAACGUCCUCCUCCAGAACUGCAGCCUGGAGCAGUUCGCCGUCUACAACCCCCUCGCGCGGGCCCUGGAUCUCAUCCCCGUGCCGCCCGACAAGAUCUUCGACGGCGCCCGCGGCGACGCCAAGUACCUCGGAUGCUACAUCCUCUCCUCCGAAGAGGGCGGCGAGCCGCUGCGCCUGGUCUACACCUGCCAUGACAAGUCGCGGGCGCGUGCCGCCGUCUUCUCGUCGGAGAGCAGGGAGUGGCAGAUCUUCCCGUGGUCGGAGGCUGUGACGCCACUGCCUGAAGACGAGCACUGGCUUAAAGUUGGCACGUUGGUGAAUGGGUUCGUCUACUGGAUACACACAAAUGAAGCCUACAUCCUUGUGCUGAACACAGCGACACUACAUUUCCCCCAGAUGGAUUUGCCGCCGACCUUGGUGGCGCGAGAUCUCAUAUUCAGGGUUGGCGAGACCAAGGAUGGGAAGCCUUGCAUUGUCUGCCCAAUUGAUUUCGAGCUUUUUGUUUGGGUCCGGGGAGCCGAGGAUGACGGCAUCGAGAGAUGGAUAUUCGACCAGAGGUUUCCGUUGGAGACGAUUGUCGAGGUCACCGAGAGUACACUUGUGGAACAUGGUGACCUGAAGGUUGUGGCCACUAUUGGUGGAUUUGUGUACUUCUCUACCAUGGAAACGUUCCUUGAUGGUCAUAAUCCUAGUUGGUUCAUGUCUCUAUGCAUGGAGACAGGGGAGCUGGCUACGCUCUUUCAGAGGAGAUUUGACGGCCAUCCCCAUCCCUACAUCAUGGCAUGGCCUCCUUGCUUGAUAGACAACCAAGUGCACCCUCAACUCGAAGGUGCUUGAUGGAAUGUGGAUAAGUUGGAGCUCCUGCCCAUGAGAUUAAAAUGAGAAAUUCGGCUUGGAAACCCACUAAGAGUAAGGCAGAAAUUAGGUUAGCUGGAUGGCAAGGGAGGAUCUUGACUACUGGUGGUUGACUUGUUGUGGUUAAAUCAUUCCUUCACACCAUGCCUCGUUGCAUGUAGGGAUUAGAAAGGGAAUUGAUUUUUUCAGAGCAUAGUUUGCUAUGUUAUGAAUACCUACAUAUUGGGAAAUAUCAUUUAGUAGACUGGUAUAUAUUUGUGGACCCAAACAACAGAGGGCAAUAUGGCUCUGUAAACUUAGGACAGAGUAUUGCUGGCAGAAAGCUUUAUAAGAGAAAUAUGUCAAAACCAGUACAUUACUGGUAUCAAAAAACAGAAAUGGAGAUUCUCAAUUUUGGUCAGGUAUCCCUGAUAACAAAGAUUCAUCCUAUAACCAUUGCAGAAGAAUUGUUGGGAAUGGAACUAAUAACAGAUCCUGAAAGGAUUGGUGGCUGGAUAGAGAACCUCUAAUCUCUUUGUUUAUCGUUUCAUACGCUAUAUAAUACUCAUUCUGUUCCUAAAUAUAAGUCUUUUUAGACAUUUCAAAUGAACUACUACAUACGAAUGUAUGUAGACAUAUUUUAGAGUGUAGAUUCACUCAUUUUGCUCCGUAUGUAGUCAUUUGUUGGCAUCUCUGUUUCUGAAGUACUAAAUGAGGGGUGGGAUGCCAUGUUUCUAAACUAGGGCAUAUGAUCAACAGCUGAAACAAAACCGGUCGUAUGAUCAUAUCCCUCCUCCUAACUUUCUAAGAAGAGAAUGGAAGGUUGAGAUGCAUUGUCAAAUUUGUGUCGGAAUGAAACCAUUUUAUCAUUUAUCUCUCUCCUGUUCACUUGCGAGGUUUGUGUGGAAUAAUCUGACGUGCUUUUAAUCUGUACUAUUUUUGCUGCACAAAUUUAAAAACAUGAAGUAUUUCUAGCUACUGUUGGCAUUGCAUCGAUUUUUUUUGAACGAUAUGGUGUUUUAGAAGUCAAGCUUGCUUCGAACAGAAGAGAAUUGCUGAUCCUUUCAUGAUUGAUAUAUUCGUAUGGUAAGUCAUUGGCUAAACUUGUGAUUCUUG